AUGAUAAAGUAUGGGGGAUAUGGGAAGUGCUCUGUAUGGACGUAUGGAAGUUUGGGAAGUUUGGGAAGUUUGAGAUCUCUGAGUGGAUGUAAGGUGGAUGAGGUGGAUGAGGUGGAUGUGGAUGUACGGAGGAUGGCCAGCCAGUCCAGUCUUGGAAAGAAUGAAGUUUGUUGUGGAUGUAUGUGGAUGUUCUGGAUGUUUGUGGAUGAAAGUGGAUGUCGUAUGGUGGGAUGGAUUGGUGAGGGCGAAGGUGAGGGCUGUGAUUGUGAGGAUGAACCUAUAGAGAAGGGUUUGGGUGGUAUGGGAGGGGACAUGGGCUACACAGGACAGGAAAAAGAAAUCAUGUACGAAGUAGCAAUGUCACUCAAAUAUUCAAGUAGAUCUACCGGUAUUGGUCGGCUUGACAAUCUAUGUGCUCAAUAUGCUGAUUCAGAUGCCGAAUCACAUAUGGGGUUGGGGUUGACUCAGUUUAAGAUGGAUUCAGUUCAAGAUAGACUCAGUUAA